AUGAACUUCACACGCCACCGGGGGGUGUCUCAGCCACUACACUUCUGGAACCACAGCUAUGGAUUGCAUGGUGGUGCCAACGAGACGAGCAGAAAGGGUUACUCUUCAGGAGGCUGUUAUGAGCAACUUUUUGUCUCUCCUGAGGUGUUUGUGACUCUGGGCAUUGUAAGCUUAUUGGAGAACGUUUUGGUUAUUGUGGCAAUAGCUAAGAACAAGAACCUGCAUUCACCUAUGUAUUUUUUCAUCUGUAGCUUGGCAGUGGCUGAUAUGCUAGUGAGCUUAUCUAAUGGAUCAGAAACGAUCGUAAUCACACUGUUAAACAGCACGGACACGGAUGCCCAAAGCUUCACCAUAAAUAUUGACAACGUCAUUGACUCAGUGAUUUGCAGUUCUUUGCUUGCUUCCAUUUGCAGCUUACUUUCAAUAGCCGUGGACAGGUAUUUUACCAUCUUUUAUGCUCUCCAGUACCACAACAUCAUGACAGUGAAACGAGUAGGGGUCAUCAUAACAUGCAUCUGGGCAGCUUGCACAGUUUCAGGCAUUUUGUUCAUCAUUUAUUCAGAUAGCAGUGUGGUCAUCAUCUGCCUUAUCGGCAUGUUCUUCACCAUGCUUGUUCUCAUGGCUUCCCUCUAUGUGCACAUGUUCAUGCUGGCCCGACUUCAUAUCAAAAAGAUUGCUGUUCUUCCAGGCACUGGAACUAUUCGUCAAGGUGCCAACAUGAAAGGGGCCAUUACUUUGACCAUCUUAAUUGGGGUGUUUGUUGUAUGCUGGGCCCCAUUUUUCCUCCAUUUGAUCUUCUAUAUCUCCUGCCCCUACAACCCAUAUUGCGUGUGUUUCAUGUCCCACUUUAACUUUUACCUCAUCCUCAUCAUGUGCAAUUCCAUCAUUGAUCCACUUAUCUAUGCGUUCCGAAGUCAAGAGCUUAGGAAAACUUUCAAGGAGAUCAUAUGCUGCUACACACUGAGAGGGCUCUGUGAUUUGUCUGGCAAGUAUUAA